AUGGGCCGUAAGCGUAACGCUGGCCGCUUCAGCAGCAGUAACGGUCAGUUCACCCGCGCUCUGGCCAUGUCAUUUCUCACUCGGCAUGAUUUCUUGGUCAGGUCGGGCCGGUCUGGGCCCUGGGAGAGACGGAACGGGGCUGCAGAGGGGCAGGGGUUGGGCCCUUGGCACCCUGGACUUGCCCUUCUGGGCCAUCGUGACUCCAUCCGGGCUGGGGCUGUGGCGGCGGAGGAAGAUCCUGCGUCGUUUGCCCUGAUGCAAGCUGAUAACCCCGUUGAUCGUGCUGUUUCAGGCCGCGGGCAACAGCAACCGCCCAUCACCACGCCCACAGCGGCUCCUGAGUGCCAGAGUGGAACAGUGUUCUUCCCAUCUUCUGGCGCUCGAGCUAGCGAUUGGGCGGAGGGGCAAUGGUACGACGUCAUCGACAGCUCCGAUCCACUUUCGUCCACUUUCAUCCACUUUCAUCCAGUUUCGGCCCAGUUUCGGUCCAGAGAUUUCGGCUGCCUGGCCUGGGUGCCGCUGAUUGGCCGGCGGGCUACCAUCCAUGCGACCGCGAUCGGCCCCAAGACCAUGUGGGGCCAUAAGACAGGGGGUGGCAGCCAAUUAGGGGGAAAUCCCGCCCCUACGGGGUCUGACGAUACCGUACCCACCUAA